AUGCUCGAAUCGGUUGUCUCUGGACAUGAUCGCGACAGUGAUGCAUGCGAUUCAUUGCAGGCUCUCGCGGACCCUGCUCAGCCCGCUGGCAGCAACGACGACGCCUUGUCGAAGCGACAAGAUCCAGCGGUCUCAAUUGCCACGGUCAUUGAAACGAUCGUCCACAUCAUCGACUCAAAUCUCAAGACUGUGUGGGAAUCCUCCGGCGUCAAUCUUCCUCUAACGCUGUCUGAUCUAGCCUUUGGAACUGUUUUGCUCCCCGACUCGACCACUUCCCCCAGUGCAUCCCCGUCUGCAACUCUCUCCGUCGUAUCACUCAACACGACGGUCACACAAUCCACGACCACGCAACUCGCGAUUGCCCUGCCAUCCAAGACCUCUGCCGCUGCAGUCAGCCCGGCAUUACGUUCUUCUUCACGCCACAUUCCGUCACCAGUGACAACUCCCACCUCCUGGCCCACAUCAACGCCGGUUUUUAAAGUGGGCAAUUACAAUUCCACAUCGACCUAUUCUAAUGCGACGACUUUGGUCAUUAAUACCGCCCUCUCAUCGUCGGCCCCCAUCUCCACUUCAGGUUCCACCACGUCGGAGGAUCCUAGUUCUACCAUCAGCCCCAGCAGUGAGAAUGGGAGCACUUCCACCCCUACAUCGGAGACGACGCAGUCGCCAACUUCGGGAUCAGGGUUAGAUCCUACUACCUCCAAGAUCGUUGGGGGUGUGGUGGGGAGCGUGGCUGGACUUGCUAUGAUUGUCCUCGUCCUCUUUUACCUCCUCCGUCGGCGGAAAAUGAUGUUCCAGCAGAAGAACUCCGCCCCGUUGCCUCUUCCGUCUGACGAUGGAGGUACGACUCGCGAGGUGUCCACCAUCUCCAGCAAUGACCCCCUCUUCGCCGCAUCGUAUCUUUCACCAGCAUUCGCCAAGCGGUGGCGCCAGUCCACCGCAACGGUGCGGUCUGACAGCACAGUCUCCUCGUCCACCCCCAGCGAGCGUGGGUUCCAGAAAAUUUCUGGCCGCAAGAUCCCUCCCGUCCUCACCCAUGGAGGCGAUGGCUACGGUGGAGGGUUCGACGAGAGAUCGCCCACUUACCCUGGCAUGUCUCCUGUGUCGCCCGGGGGAGCUGGUGGGACCACCUCACCUUUGUCCCAGGCGCCGCCUCCCACUUUGCCCCAUGGGAUGGUUUUGGACACCAAGUACACGCUGGAGGCCGAGGAGGGCACCGAAUCCCCGAUUCGAUCCUCACCGGUGCGUCUCCCCGUUUCAAGCUCCGUCAGUGUGGGCUCGCCCACAACCGUCACUCCGACAACCCCGAUCGCUCAACCGCAAUCGGCGAUUGCGGUGAUUCCCCGACGACCCGACGGGCUAGGCCGGAGCUUCCCCAGCUACGACGGAAGUCGGAGCAGCCGCUUUACAGAGAGCAUUGAUUGA